AUGGGGAGUGGAGCGAGCGCAGAGGACAAGGAGCUCGCCAAGAGGUCUAAAGAACUGGAAAAGAAACUCCAGGAAGAUGCAGAGAAGGAAGCCAGAACUGUGAAACUGUUGCUUCUAGGUGCUGGUGAAUCAGGAAAAAGCACCAUCGUUAAGCAAAUGAAAAUCAUCCACCAAGAUGGCUAUUCAAAGGAAGAAUGUUUAGCCUUCAUAUCCAUCAUUAACGGCAAUAUCCUUCAGUCCAUCCUGGCCAUCAUUCGAGCCAUGUCCACCAUUGGGAUUGAUUACGGAAACUCAGCAAAUGCGGAUGCUGGGAGACAGCUGUUUAAUCUUGCAGAUUCCAUCGAGGAGGGAACCAUGCCUAAGGAGCUGGUGGACAUCAUAAAGAAGCUGUGGGCCGACUCAGGGGUUCAGGCCUGCUUCGAGAGAGCAGCGGAAUAUCAGCUCAAUGAUUCAGCCUCCUACUACUUGAAUAAUCUGGACAGAAUCACUGCUCCUGACUUUAUUCCAAAUGAACAAGAUGUCCUGAGGUCCAGAGUUAAGACCACAGGUAUUAUUGAAGAACAGUUCUCUUGCCAGGACCUGCACUUCAGAAUGUUUGACGUUGGUGGACAGAGGUCGGAGCGGAAGAAGUGGAUCCACUGUUUUGAGGGAGUUACCUGCAUUAUUUUCUGUGGUGCUCUCAGUGCUUAUGACAUGGUGUUGGUCGAAGAUGACGAAGUGAACCGAAUGCAUGAGAGUCUCCAUCUCUUCAACAGUAUUUGCAACCACAGAUACUUCGCAGCCACCUCCAUUGUACUCUUUUUGAACAAGAAGGAUCUAUUUGAGGAAAAAAUCAAAAAAGUUCAUUUGAGCAUCUGCUUCCCAGACUAUGAUGGUCCCAAUACAUAUGAUGAUGCUGCCAGUUACAUCAAGAACCAAUUCCUGGACCUCAAUAUGCGAAAAGAUGUCAAAGAAAUUUAUGCACAUAUGACAUGUGCCACUGACACACAAAAUGUCAAGUUUGUGUUUGAUGCUGUGAAAGACAUCAUUAUUAAAGAAAAUCUUAAAGACUGUGGACUUUUCUAA